AUGGCAGGGAUUUUUCAAAGGGUGUACAAUUGGCUGAUGCGCAUGUUCUGGGCGAUGGAGAUGGAAGUGACAAUGGUUGGCUUGCAAAAUGCUGGCAAGACUUCAUUAUUGCGAGUCCUCGCUGGCGGCGAAUUCACCCUCGACUCGAUCCCUACCGUUGGUUUCAAUAUGAAAAAGGUGCAGCGAGGCCAUGUUACCCUAAAAUGCUGGGACAUCGGCGGCCAGCCCCGGUUCCGAACCAUGUGGGAGAGAUACUGUCGGGGCGUCAGCGCCAUCGUGUUCAUCGUUGAUAUUGCCGACACCCCCUUGAUUCCGCAAGCCAAAGAGGAGCUCCACGAUCUUAUGAGCCGCAAGUCGCUUGAGGGCAUCCCACUUCUCAUCCUAGGGAAUAAAUCCGAUCUUCCGGAUAAGCUUUCGGUGGAUGAGUUGAUCGACGAACUAGAUCUGAAAAGCAUACGCGGUCGUGAGACCCUCCAGUUUGUGAGAGAAGAAGGCGAUCCGGCCUGUGCUAGUUGUCCUAAUGAUCGUUGGGCAAAUGCUUAUGUUUGCAAGAGGCUGGGGUCUCCGGGAUCGAUGACGGAGCGAAACGCCAAUCGACAGCGGACCGAACAAAAGGACCAACGGUAA